AAUGUAUCAUCUUCUCUUCAGUUGUCCUGUAUAAGUGUAAGGAUCUUGUUUGACAUCCAUCUGGAUGGUUUGAACCAGGAUGGCCAAGCCAUCCUUUUUAAGGAGAGCUCAAUUGCUCCUGUUUUUUCUGGGUGUGGCUUACAUCAUGGCAGGAAGCGUGUUACUGCUUCAGCGCUCCAGUGUGGAGACAUUUCAGAGAGAAACGGAUACCAUGGCGCUCCCUUCCCUACCAGCACCACCUAGAGCCCUGGAAGUACCUGCUGCCAGGUGGUUGUACAGGAGGAAUGUCAUCCAGGAGAUGGAGAACCAACCUCUUGAGCAGAUAGGCAAUAUAAUGGACCAGAAGCACCUCAUAUCUCGUAACCUGGAAACCAGGCAUCUGAGACGCCACUGGUUUCACGGUAAUGCUGAACAGAAAAGAUCUUCUAAACAUAAUCUGUCACACAAGGAAGCCAGACAUAAAGGGACCUACAUUGGAUGUUUUAUAAACAAUGAAACGGAGCACGCACUCGGCGGGACAGUUCUUUAUGAUCUCCGUAAAAUGACCAGCGCCUUGUGUCAGGACACCUGCUCAGAGAGUGGGUUCCGGUACGCUGGGCUGGAGUAUGGAGCGGAGUGCCAUUGUGGCAACCGGGUCAGUUCCCGCCGGGCUCGGGGAGAGGACUGUAAUCUGGAUUGCCGGGGAGAGAAGGGAUACCCCUGCGGAGGGGUGGAACGCAUUUCUGUUUACAGGGUUGAGGAUCGUCUUCCUGGACAGAGAAGAUACAGAACUGUGCACUACCACGGCUGUUUCAAGAGGCCAAAGAACUCUAUCGCUGACUUCCUGAUCCAGACCUCUGGGCCGACACACACUCCUCAGCAGUGUAUCGAGAUCUGUACAGAUCAGGACCUGCCAUUGGCCCUUUUGAGAGGUCAGCACUGUUUCUGCAGCCAUGCCCCAUUUCUCUUCACAAUCCAGAUGAGUGAACAGGAACGCAUGUGUGAGAGGGGCAACAAAACAAACCACACUUCCCCUUAUGAACAGGACUACUACUGGGUGUACAGUACUCCUGUGUUAGAUGCAACAUGCAAAGAAAGGACAUUUCUGCCCCAGAAGUCCAGGACCCUCGUGGCCCUGUCCAGCUUCCCAGGGGCAGGAAACACCUGGUUACGUCACCUGAUUGAACUCGCUACUGGAUUCUACACCGGAAGCUAUUACUUUGACGGAUCUCUGUACAACAAAGGCUUUAAAGGAGAGAAGGAUUACUGGCAGAGCGGGAGAGUCAUCUGCAUCAAGACUCAUGAAAGCGGCCAGCGAGAGAUCGAAAUGUUCAACUCUGCCAUCCUGCUGAUGCGAAACCCCUAUCGUUCUCUAAUAGCGGAGUUCAACCGCAAGUGUGCCGGACACCUGGGCUACGCAUCGGACGUUCACUGGAGGAGCAAAGAGUGGUCUGAGUUUGUGGACAGCUAUUCGACCUGGUGGGUGUCUCACGCUCUGGCCUGGUUGCGAUUUGCCCACCGCCUGCUGGUGGUACACUUUGAAAAUCUUCAGAAAGAUCUAGUCCCUCAGUUAAAGACUAUCAGUGCUUUCCUGAACAUCAGCAUUCCCGAGGAAAGACUCCUCUGCACGGAGAGCAACAGAGACGGCCUUUUCAAACGCUCUGGAUCUCGUAGCCUGACUUUUGACCCCUUCACCCCUGAGAUGAGAGCUCGUAUAGAUGAAUACAUCCACACUGUAGAUAAAGCUCUCAGAGACAGAAGCAUCAGCGGCCUACCACAGGAAUACAUGCCCAGGUGAGGGUACAUGAACGCUGCUGCUGCCCCCUGCUGGAGGGAGGACACAGAACCACAAAGUGCCUGUGUAAAAAACACAACUGACAUCUCUCAAAGCCUUUGAAAUGCGGUUUGUUUGUCUGUUGUUUUAUUUGUGCUUGAUGUCUUAUUGGCAGUGUGUUUAGUAUGCAUUAUUAAAAUGAUUAAUUCUCAUUGUAUCAGUUUCAGUCCAUUUUAAUAUUAUCCUCAAAUAGAUUAUACUACGGCAUUUUGAGUAGCCUACCUUAAUAAUUAAAAUCCA